CUCAAUAGGAUGGGUAUAAGGCUUAUCUGGUUAAUGCGUGUUUGUGUGGCCGACGUGCACUCACCACUAAAACCAGCUGAAACACUGCAUGCACAGCCGGUACAUUUGCGACACUUCUGUGAAACUGUUUGGGAACUGACGACUUAACAAGGAAAUCGCCGCCAGAAUGCCGGAAUCCGUUGAAGUGGGAGUCCCUUACUAUGUGAACAACUACCCGUCCGUGCGUCGGGUUCAACUAGCCGCAGUCAAAGAGGGCUUGUACCACCCAAAGCUACCCACGUUCCGCCGGAUGGACAUGGACACAGCGGCCCACAGACUACCGGACGAGCAUUGCCGAACCACGAGCACCUGCGGUCCAGAUGACUUCCGGAAUGCUACAGUCACCUACUUCAAGCCCAGCACAACCCGAUAUGCCGGAGCGAAUAUCACUGACACAGGGAGAAAACUCCGCGAAACAUUCAAGGAUGACAUUGGAUCAUUAAAAAUUAACAGGUCGGAGGCCAAAGAGAUCCAGCAGCUACCGACAUUUGAAAAGAAAGGCGAUCUGAGGUUUUCAGGCUAUGCUGUACGGUACAUGAAACCAAGCAUCACAGCGUCCUGGAAGUACACAUUCAGACAAGAACCAAAGUUAGACCAAUACGGACAACGACCAGUGCCAGCCAAUAUCUUUAGCCGAUACCGCGAUACGUUCCCUCAGUACAGCCGCAACGUUGCCAGUGACUGCUACCGUUAGUUCUCCACCUAGAGACUGGCGGCGAAGUGCCACAAGAGGUCGUCCUGUUAUCAACUGUCGAGUUAUCACGAGAAGCCAUGUUUGGAGCGGACCUACACUUUACUUUUUAAUUUCUAUGAAAACUUGGGAAAAGUUUGCGGAUACCUCACGUAUUAAGUGACUGACCCAUAAAAAGAUACCCUAUGACGUCAUCAUCGGGUAUUCGGGUAUAAAUUAAAAAUCAAGUGACACCUUUGUUCUCUCUAUAGAAGCCACACUCUUUCUUAUUAAGAUUCAAACCGCCUUUCCAGAAGCGCGUUUUCAGCCAUUUCGUGUCCUUUACGUACGUAGUUUGGCCUACAGAUGGAUUGCAUACAGCAGCCAUCUUAAAGUUUGAGGUGUGUUUUGUUAUGUUAAUUCAUUAACAAUACACGCUAGUACUCAUACGUACCCCUGUUGUACCUCAAGCAUGGCUACAUUGCAAACGAUCUAUAGUUUAUGAUGAGUUUCAUACGCAAGGGAUAUACCACAGCUUGGCCAUUUCACAUCCUGUAUUCGCAAACUUUUCCCAAGAUAUAAAGUUUUUACCAUGUAUCCAAAGCCUCAAAUCACUUUUAAUUUACACGAGUCUUACUUAUGCAUAUCACAUGUACAAUUAUUCUGGGCCUAAACAUUGGGGAGAAAAGACCAUUCACCUCAAAUUUGCGCCAGAACUAUUGUUAACUAUAAUUUUGAAGUUUGACGAAUGAAGUUUGACCGAAUAUAGCUGUGAUGAGGUAGCAUACAUGUAGGUUAAUUCGACUAGAGCACCUUUGCACACAGCGCAAAUUAUUUUGCAAAAGGUCCAACUUCUCCAUGGACUCGUGACAACUACACAAUGUACUCCAACAAUUUCACACUCCCGACAGAACAGUUGAUCUAAAUAUUUUGUGUGUGUGACAAUAUUGUUGUGCGUACCCGAAACUAAGACUUUUGUUUAUUUCACGCACACAUUUUUGAAAUGAAAUUCAACAUCGUACAUGUAUUUUCAGUUUGCUUACUUCACGACAAAAAGGGUCAUUGUAAAUUUUUGGGUGAAUUUUGUAUAUAGUGUAUUAUAUUGUUAUGGGAAAUGACAUUAUGCAGUGCAAGUUAUAUCAUAAAUGGAAUUUGUGUUGCUUCGUUAUUGAUAUUUGUUGUAAAGAUUUGUUGCAAUUUGUUUCAAUCGAUUAAACUGAUCGGAGGCAAUGUAGUAAAGUAAAGCA